UUCAAAUAUUUCAAAAAUAUUUUUCGUUCGUCUUGGAUAAAAUGGCUCCAUUUUUAAGCUUUUAUUGUUUUUAUUUUCUCGGUUUUUAGUUUUAUGUAUCUACGGUGAUGUCGGGAGUUAUUCUUUAUGUGUUAGGAAUUACUUAGUUAUAUAAUUUACGCUAAAAAUGAGGCUGGGAUAUUGGUCUCUAUUACUCAAUCGUUCACCAAAAUAUGGCAUGCCUUUCACAUAUAAAAGAAGAUUCAAUUCUGCGUCUUUUCAUGCAGCAAGUAAUAUUAUCAAUAUUUAUGAUGGGUUGGUUGAGCAAAAUGUUUUAAGAAAUGACCAUCAUCAACGGUCAGUUAUAAAAAAUCUUCAGCAGCUCAAUGAAAAUAUUAUGAAAUACAGACCUCAUAAACCUGGUUUCUGGAAUAAGGUUUUCAGUAGUUCAAAAGUUUCAGUCCCUAAAGGAAUAUAUUUAUAUGGAAGUGUGGGUUGUGGCAAAACAAUGUUGAUGGACAUGUUUUAUGAAAAUGUGCAGUUGAAGAAUAAGCAAAGAAUCCACUUUAAUGCUUUUAUGAUGGACGUUCAUAGCCGUGUUCAUCAGUUUAAGAGCACAUUACCACCAAGAGAUCGAACUAAAAACAAAUCGCAACCUGUUGAUCCCAUUCCUCCAAUAGCAACGGCAAUCAGUGAGGAAUCCAUGUUGUUGUGCUUUGAUGAGUUUCAGGUGACAGAUAUUGCUGAUGCCAUGAUUCUUCGUCGUUUGUUUACCGCCUUGUUUGAGAAUGGUGUGGUAGUCAUGGCAACAUCAAACAGAGCUCCUGAUGAUCUAUAUAAGAAUGGUCUUCAAAGGAGUAAUUUUGUGCCAUUUAUACCAAUUUUAAAGAGCAAAUGUGAAGUAAUUUGUCUUGAUUCAACGAUUGAUUAUCGUCGAUUAGAUCUGAAAUAUGAAGAAAAUGUGUACUUCAGUUCAUUCGACAAACGGUCAGACAACGACUUGGAUACAAUUUUUGAAAGAAUUGCAGAACAGCAACGUAAAGGUGAUCCUGGCUGCCAUGAAGGACCAUGUGAUCUGCGUGUGCUUGGACGAAGCUUACACGUUCCUAACUCAUGUGGAAGAUUGGCUGACUUUAAAUUUUCUCAGCUAUGUGAACAACCUCUUGCAGCCAGUGAUUACAUCACCUUGUGUAAAAAUUUUGAUACCAUCAUAGUGCGCAAAAUACCUGUAAUGAAUUUACUGCGGAGAACAGAAGCAAGACGUUUCAUAACCAUGAUUGAUACAUUUUAUGAUAAUAAGGUGCGGAUUAUCUGCUCAGCCCAGGCCACACCACAAUAUUUAUUUGAAGUCUCGCCAGUAUCAACAAAUCAAGUUGAAGAUCAAAGAGCACUUAUGGAUGAUUUAGGAAUAGCCGAGAAUGAGGGAGCUAGCUUGAGUAUGUUUACGGCUGAGGAAGAGCUGUUUGCAUUUGAUCGUACUAUUUCAAGGCUAACUGAGAUGCAGACCAGGCAAUACUGGGAAAGCGGUUAUGCAAGAGAUAUGAAAAGUUGAUAUGUUUAUGGGCAAUUGAUCGCUCGAUUCCCUCCAGGGGCAGAGGAAUGAAGAUUCUGCUGGAAUCUGGAACCAAACUGUAAGUUCAAAUGUCAGUUU